UGUGUUGGCGGAUGGAGAUAAAGCAGGGGGAGGGGUUUAUAAGCGACCAUUAAAGGCGCGUCAAGCACUGUAUGAUUGCAUCCUGUUUGUUUGCCAGCUGCGGACUGUUGUUCUGUGUGGAAAUACAUCUGUUAAAAUAUCGCGAUGGCCGACCAGUUGACAGAAGAACAGAUUGCCGAAUUCAAAGAGGCUUUCUCACUCUUUGACAAGGACGGCGAUGGCACCAUCACAACCAAAGAGCUGGGCACUGUCAUGCGCUCACUCGGACAGAACCCGACAGAGGCCGAGCUGCAAGACAUGAUUAAUGAAGUGGACGCUGAUGGAAAUGGGACGAUAGACUUCCCCGAGUUCCUGACCAUGAUGGCGAGGAAAAUGAAGGACACCGACAGCGAAGAGGAAAUCAGAGAAGCAUUCCGUGUCUUUGAUAAGGAUGGCAAUGGUUACAUCAGCGCAGCUGAAUUGCGUCACGUCAUGACAAACCUUGGAGAGAAGUUGACCGACGAGGAGGUUGAUGAGAUGAUCCGAGAAGCAGACAUUGACGGAGACGGACAGGUUAACUACGAAGAAUUUGUACAGAUGAUGACGGCGAAAUGAAGGCCUUGUACAGAUCCUCUCUCUUCUAUAAAUAAUUUGCCUUUUUUCUGUUUAAUUUAUCUGUAAAAUGUUAAGUCCCCUCCCCUUCCUCCUCCCGGCUGUCCAAAGGAACUGCAUGUAAACUGCAUAGGAUCUUCAGUCCUCAUGUCCCUUUCUUUUGCUGUCAUCGUGUUUUUGGAGUGGCGGUGCGGUUACACGGUCAGGUGCUUGUUGCCGUGAAGAGGGGGUUGUGACGUGCAAAAACGUACACGUCACGUCUGUCUGCCCCCCUCAUGCGUAGCAAGAGUGGAGACCUGCCAGCUGGUUGUCUUCUGGCAGCGACGCUGGCACGGCAACAAUGUAGAGGAGUAACUCUGCAUGGACUAUGGACAAAGUAUAUUAUAUAUAAUAUAUAUAUAUAUAUAUAUAAUAUAAUGAAAUUUCUCAGCAUUGCACUACUGCAAAAAAAAAAAGAAAAA